GCUGCUGAUUCUGCCACGGACGGUUGUGAGGCUGCGGCUCGCGCCCGAGUCUGUUACGCGAGGAGGUGCCACCAGUGCGCAUGCGGCUCGGAAAUGGAGCUGUUAGCACCAAUGCGAUUGUAUACACUGUCCAAACGACACUUUGUUCUGGUCUUUGUUGUAUUCUUCAUUUGUUUUGGUUUGACAGUCUUCAUAGGAAUUGCAGGUCCUAGUGUAAUUGAAUCCACUGCAGUAACAGCUAAAUUGAAUAACUUAAAGAUGAGGCCAUUUAAAUUAAAUUCAAAACCAUUGUCUACUUAUAAUCAGCAGCUGUGGCUGACAUGUGUGAUUCAGCUGGAUCAGCCUGAUGAAUCCAGCUUCAAAACAAAUGUUACUAUGACAGUUAAAAUACGUGGUGUAGAAGAAAAUGGAAGUUCAUCGUUCAUUAAUAAACAAGUUUACAAUCGGACGAGAAUGCUGAACUGUGCACAAAAAUGUGCCGAAAUCAUUGUGGUUCACCUUGGCUACUUGACUUAUACUCAGUACGAAGUCAUUGUUGGUUUUGAGGAUCUGAAUAAGCUGAUGUACCCCAUCAAGAAUGUGAAUUUCACAUGGAAAACCUACAACCCAUCUUUUUCACAAGUGGAAAUCUGGUUCCGAUUUGUCUUUGUAGUUCUUACUUUCAUGGUCACUUGUCUGUUUGCACAUUCCCUCCGGAAAUUUUCCAUGAGGGACUGGGGAAUUGAACAGAAAUGGAUGUCCAUCCUCCUUCCCCUGUUGCUGCUUUACAAUGAUCCAUUUUUCCCCCUCUCAUUUUUGGUGAACAGUUGGUUUCCUGGAAUGCUUGAUGACCUCUUUCAGUCAGUGUUCCUGUGUGCAUUGCUGCUGUUCUGGCUCUGUGUCUACCACGGGAUAAGAGUGCAGGGAGAAAGGAAAUGCUUAACAUUCUAUUUUCCCAAAUUCUUUAUCGUUGGGCUUCUGUGGUUGGCCUGUGUUACAUUAGGUAUAUGGCAAACUGUUAAUGAACUACAUGAUCCAACAUACCAGUUCAGGGUUGACACAGGUAAUUUUCAGGGAAUGAAAAUCAUCUUCCUUGUGGUGGCAACUGUGUAUAUCUUGUACCUUUUGUUCCUGAUAGUGAGGGCGUGUUCAGAGCUUCGCAACAUGCCUUAUGUUGAUCUCAGGUUAAAAUUCUUGACUGCAUUGACCUUUGUAGUUCUUGUCAUUAGCAUUGUUAUACUUUAUCUACGCUUUGGAGCACGAGUUCUACAGGACAACUUUGUAGCUGAGCUGUCAACUCAUUAUCAGAAUUCAGCAGAAUUCUUAUCAUUCUAUGGUUUACUCAACUUCUAUCUCUACACUUUAGCCUUUGUGUAUUCCCCAUCAAAGAAUGCACUGUAUGAGUCACAGUUGAAAGACAAUCCUGCCUUUUCUAUGCUGAAUGAUUCAGAUGAUGAUGUGAUUUAUGGGAGUGACUAUGAAGAAAUGCCACUUCAGAAUGGUCAAGCCAUUAGAGCCAAGUACAAGGAAGAAUCAGACAGUGAUUGAGUUCAUGUGGAGGAGACUUGCUUAUGAGAAUGAAACUGAUCUUGAGGUUUUUCCUAGAUGACCACUUCCUUGGCUUUCUUAUGAAUCUGCUUUCAACUGAACACUAUCUCCCAAGGAAGGACUUCCUAUUUAUUUCUGUUUACAGAGUUAAAACAAAACUGAAGGAAAAAUGGAAAUGCUUGAAAAGUUUGUGGUGGAGGCUUCUAAGAAACCAAAUUCUCUCUUUACACUAGGUUUAG